AUGUCUCAGGACAGCAAUUCUGAUGCUGGGUCUUCGGACUGCAGCAUUGGCGACCUGAGGAGGCGCCAGAGGGAUACCAGGCCUCGGCCUUGGUUGACCAACAGCGUCCUCCGAAGAAGGUCUACAGCAACAUCUUCUUCUGAUUGCGUUGAGCGUGUGGAUGCCCCUGCACAAUCAACGAGCAUCACUGUGCCAAUUGUCUCGGACCUGGCACCGUCCACAACUGUCUCGGGUGAGCCCAGACAAAACAUCAAAAAAGAGAGAGCUCUGUCUCGUCUCUCCAGCACCGUUGCGAAGGCCGCGACUUCGGUCAAGGCCCUCGCAAAGGCAGCUGGGUCACAGAUCCCGCAGUGGGCAGGUCUUAAAGAUGUGAUGUCUGGGAAGAGUCGAUCUGACUCUUCACCGCUUGACAGAGAUGGUGAGCAAGGAAAGGGCAAGACAAGUGCCAAAUCUCUCAAGGGCACGGGAGGGAAAACUUUUGCGUCCCGACUUCUGGUUCGCUUGGGGAAGGCUUUCUCCGGGCGGGCCGCGACGUCGAGGGACAAGAAGGUUGGCAAGCGGGGGAAUGGGGGAUGUUCCAGACGGCUUUUGGAAAGGGCAGCUGAGGCUCCCCAGAGUUGCUUCAGGCCGGAGCCAAUCAGGAGCCAUCGAGUUGAGCGUCAGCUCACUUCGAUCCUGAAGCACCGGUCGGAACGCUCUGGGGAGUUGAAGUUGGCAGCACCAUCACCGGCAGCGCCGACUUCUCCACGGAUGGGGGGCUUACCGGUGAAGAUGGAGAAGGAGAAGUCGGCGAAGAAGGUGGUGGUGCUGGAGAAGCCUCCUGUCGUGACACCCGCUCGCCACUGGCCCAAGGAUCUGAUCAAGACCAGGGUCUGUGGAGUGUGUCGCGACAGGGAGGUGUGCCGCUGUCGGAAGGCGGUAGAGGAGGUCUGGUACGAGCUUUCAACCACCACGGAUCAGUGGUUGGAGGCUCAGCUUCAGCUUGGUCAUGACUAUCUGGAGCUGUCAGGGGGCUUGCUGGGUGGUGUCAAGGCUGGCUCAAAAACGGAGACUUGA